AUGGAAACUCUUGUAUGCAAAUAUUUUUCUCUCAUAUGUGAUGGUUCAAUCUAUGUGACACAAUACUUUGCAAUUGUAUCAAUAAUUUUGAUAUCCCUUUUCUUUUAUUUGAGAUCCAAUGGUGUCUACCUUGUUGACUAUGUUUGUUAUUCACCUCCUAAUCAUUUAAGAGUUCCUCACUCCCAUUUCGUAGAACACUCUGAAUUUUGCAACUUUGACCAAGAUAUCUUAGACUUUGAAAUGAGAGUGUUGGAAAGAUCAGGGAUUGGAGAUGAGUCAUGCAUGCCACCACCAGUUCAUGAAAUCCCACCAAAUUGUUCUUUGAGGAAUGGAGUUGCAGAGAUGGAAAUGGUUCUUUUCGAAAUUGUUAAAGACCUUUUGUCCAAGCACAAUGUUCAUCCCAAAAGCAUUGAUAUCCUUGUCUCAAAUUGCAGCUUGUUCUGUCCCACACCCUCAAUUCCAUCCAUGAUCAUUAACAGAUUUGGACUCAGAAGCAACAUAAAGAGUUUCAACCUCAGCGGAAUGGGCUGCAGCGCCGGAAUAUUGUCGAUAAGCUUGGUGAAAGAUCUUCUCAGAGUUCAUAAGAACUCAUUGGCUUUGGUUCUAACCACGGAGGCUAUAGCUCCGAAUGGAUACCAAGGGAAAUCGAAGUCCAAGAUUAUGACGAACGUGUUAUUCCGAAUGGGGGGAGCAGCGAUCUUAAUUUCUAACAGAAAACAGGACAAGAAAAUCGCCAAGUAUGAACUUCAACAUCUUGUGAGAACCCAUUUAGGAUCAGACGAAAAAGCAUACAAAUCUGUGUACCAGGAUCCUGAUAAAGAUGGUGUCGUUGGUGUUUCCUUGUCACGUGAGCUUCUUCGCGUUGCUGGGUCGGCUUUGAGGACCAACAUGAGAGAGCUAGGCCCUCUUGUCCUACCAUAUUCGGAGCUGCUUCGCUACGUAUGGUCAGCAAUUCAAACAAAACUCUUGCCAUCAGGAGACCAGAAAAAAAUCUAUCUACCGAAUUUCAGGAAGGCGUUCCAGCAUUUUUGCAUUCAUGCAGGGGGCAAAUCGGUUAUUGACGCCAUAGAAGAGAGUUUGAAGCUGCAGAAGGAAGACGGAGAAGCGUCUAGGAUGGCGUUGUAUAGAUUCGGCAACACUUCAUCUUCUUCUGUAUGGUAUGAACUGUGCUAUUUGGAGGCAAAAGGAAAGGUAAAGAAAGGAGAUAGGGUUUGGCAAAUUGGAUUUGGAAGUGGAUUCAAGUGUAACAGUGCAGCAUGGAAAUGCAUUGCUGACAUUGAUCCAAAUGAAAGGAAUGCAUGGUCUGGUAUAAUCCAUUCAUAUCCAAUUGAGAUACCUGUGUUUGAUUGUUGAAGGGAAAAAACAUAUUGUAGGUUCAA